AUGUGCAAAGGAACAGAGACGACAAUGUCCUGCGGCCACGCCCUCCGCUCCCGCCUCCAGGACUGUGGCAAGGGAAGCGAGUGCAAGGGCGCGGCUUGGCAGCCGGCUUUCCUCAACGACAGCUGCGCGGCGUGCCAUCGGUCCAUGAACCUCCGCCAGAACCGCACACGGUACGAGGCCGAGCAGGUCGUCCUGAUGGCCGAUUACCAGAAGGCGAAGAGCGAGGGCGACGACGGGGAGAUGUGCCGGCUCCGGCGCGUGAUGGUCGAGCAUGCGAGGCUCUCGCGUACGGGGAAUUUUGAGGUGAGUCUGACGAGGGAGGCGCUGCCGGGUCAUGUACAGUGGCCGAACGUGAAGGGAAGCAGCGGUAACUCACGAUAG